CCACAAGUCAACUUCAAUCUAUUACUCUGUAUUUCUUUUUUUCCUCCUUUCUCCUCUUUCUUCGUCUUCUGAUCCGACAUCCCCUCUUCUCACUUCUUCCACUCCAUUUUCCUCCAUUGUUUUUUUUCCUUCGAGUAACGUUGGUGAUAAGGGGAGCAGUAGAACCGGCUGGCAAGGUGGAAGACUUGGGCAGCAGCUCUUCAGCUUCCUCAACGGCGACGGAGACGCAGCUCAUCGUCGUCCACGACGUAGAGUGGCAGACGAGCUCUUCACAUUCGAAGAAGACAUGGCAAAGGUGCAGAUGGAAGUCCACAAUCUGGAAGAUAAGGCCAAUGGUUGGUCGCUCAGAAAUUUGGGGCUGAAGGAUCCGGCGAGCCGGCAGCCCGGCCGUCGAGGAAAUAUCUUGGGGCGGAGAGGGUGAAAGCUCAGAAUGGUAACGAUGGGAAGGUGGAUUCAAUAUGCCUGCGUCCAGUGGCGGAACCAGAAAAAUAAUGUCACAGGAUCCCUACUUCAAUGUAACUCUACUUAAUAUUACAUUUCUUCCGAAAAAGUUAGCAAUAUUAAUUUUUCUUAGUAAAUAAUAGCAAAUUUUGGAUACCGACUUUAAUCA